GGAGGCGCGGCCGGCAUGCUGCAGCCAUGGUGCAAACGGCGGCCUGGCGCCUGGAGCCCGUGUGCCAGCCGCCGGUCUCCGCGGGCCGCGCACGCUGUCCUGGUGGCGGCGGCCGCCUGCUCGGCGUACGCCUCGUCGCUCGGUGUCGGACUCGUGUUCGACGACCUCGCGGCGAUCAAAGCCAACCGGGACCUCAGACAGAGCACGCCCAUCGCCAACCUAUUCUUCAACGACUUCUGGGGGACCCCGCUUCGGAAGGAACAAAGUCACAAAUCCUACCGUCCACUGACAGUGCUGACGUUUCGACUGAACUUCGCUGUCCACGGCCUCGAUCCGUUUGGCUACCAUUUGGUGAACCUUUUAUUGCACGCUCUGGUGUGCCUCCUCUACCACAGGAUGUGCCUGAUGCUCCUGCCGGGCUGGACGUCUCUGCUGGCGGCGUUGCUCUUCUCCGCUCACCCUAUCCACACUGAAGCUGUGACCAGUGUAGUGGGAAGGGCGGAGCUGCUUUCUGCAGUAUUCUUCUUGGGUGCCUUACUUUUCUACAUUCGACACGGAGCCAGUACCGCUGUCUGCAAAGAACAGACCAAUGGUCACUGGAGGCGUUGUUUAACAACGUUUGCACUGGCGACGGCGGCAAUGCUUUGUAAGGAGCAAGGCAUCACAGUUCUUGCAGUCUGCUGCGUCUACGAGCUUGCUUCAUGUGCUACCCCCUGGAUGUCGUUGUGCUUGUCUACGUGGGGUGCAUGGAAAGAUAGCCUCUACCGAGUUUUCACUUUGGCAUCGUUGGCAACUGCAGCAGUUCUGGCACGUAUUCACUUGAACGGGCCUCACCUGCCUGCCUUCAACCGCUUCGACAACCCGGCAUCAGUGGCUUCUUCGCCGUCACGCCAGCUGACUUACAACUAUCUGACAGCGUUGAACGCCUGGCUCCUAGUCUUCCCAAGUGAUCUCUGUUGUGAUUGGACUAUGGGAACAGUGCCGUUAGUGAGGUCACUGGCGGACGUGAGGAACCUUGGAACGAUGGCCGUUUACCUUUUCUUGGCGAUGGCAACAAGGGCUGCACUUCGAGCUGACGAGCAACACCGAAAGCCAUUGCUUAUGGGGCUGUCCUUGGCUUGCAUACCGUACCUACCUGCGUCCAAUCUCCUUCAUCCCGUGGGCUUCGUUAUCGCUGAGCGGGUGCUGUACUUGCCAAGCCUGGGUUUCUGUCUUCUAGUGGCACAGGGUUUUAGUCUUCUCUGGCAACACUACAGGUAUAAUGGAACAUGGCUCAAACUGGCAGUCACCAUUUUGCUGCUUACCCACUUCACGAAAACGGUUCUUCGCAACUACGACUGGUCAUCCGAACAAGCCUUGUACCAGUCUGCGCUUCGUGUGAAUCCAAGGAACGCAAAAAUGUUGAACAAUCUCGGACAAGUUUUGGAAGCGUCCGGAGCUUUCGAAGAAGCGCAUUCUCACUUUACUCGGGCUAUCAGGGCUGAACCUGAUGACAUCCGAGGACAUCUUAAUUUAGGCAGGCUUUUGACUACUAUGCGCCACUACGAAAAAGCUGAAGCCGCUUUUGUGAAGGCCUUGAGCCUUCUACCAAAGCCCGAAUCAAGCCAAUCCUCAAGCCUCGUACGAGUCACAUCAAGUCAUCUCCAAGUGUACCUCGACUUCGCGUUCUUAAUAGCACAAAACAGCAGUCGGGUGGAUGAAGCUGACAGGCUGUACCAGGAGGCCAUCAGCCUCCGCUCAGACUUCACUGAUGCCUACUUAAACAGGGGAGAUUUUCUUCUUCGCAUGAACAGGACAAAGGAAGCAGAAGCUAUGUACGAGAGGGCUUUAGAACUAGAUGAGAACAAUCCAGACUUGUACUACAACCUGGGAGUCAUCCUCAUGGACCAAGGCCGCAACGAUGAAGCUAUGGCUCUGUUUAACCGCGCGCUGGAGCUUGACCCCGACCAUGAGCAUGCCCUCCUCAACUCUGCUUUGUUGCUUCAAGAAGCAGGAUCUGCAAGUCAGAAGAAGGUGGCCAAUGAAAGGUUGGAGAAAGUCGUCCACAGUGGAAAGAGAGACGAACGAGCCUACUUUCACCUGGCUAUGCUGGCGCUUGACAAAAAGGACCCGGUUGCCGCUGAAAACUGGCUGCGAAAGGCUGUUCUGGUGCAACCCAAGCUGCGAAGCGCCCUCUUCAACUUGGCCUUGCUAUUGUCGGAGCAGCAACGACCUAUGGAAGCCAUGAGGUUUUUGAAAGAUCUCCUCAAGUACCACCCGAACCACAUCAAGGGCUUAGUGCUGCUCGGAGACAUCAACGUCAAUCACCUCAAGGAUUUGGAGGCUGCCGAAGAGUGUUACCGCAGGAUCUUGGCCCUGGAUCCUGGCAACGUACAAGGCUCGCACAACCUGUGCGUCGUGUACGUGGAGCGGGGAGAGCUAAGUCGAGCCGAGCGCUGCUUCAAGCACGCCACCACGCUGGACCCGAACGCCACGUACAUCCGCAAGCACCUACAGGUCACGCAGACUCUGCUUAGGAACCGCUCGGUGGAUGCGGAGCGCCGCUCCGGCACCACCCUCGCCGCGUCAGCGCCUCAACCACCCGUCCUGCAGCCGUUCGCAGCCGCCGCCGCGUCGGCUGCCAACGCGCAGUGACUGGCCAGAAGCCAGCAUCGCUACUGGCAACAGCUGUGCUCCGCAGAGUGCGCUCCGAGCCUGUGCACAUGGCUUCACGGAAGAUCGCAAUCAACUUUUGGGGCUGUUGGCCAGCGAAACGUGGUUGAAGGGUCCACUGUCGCUGCAAGUCUUCGGUGAUCGCCCAGUGGCGUGUUAGCAUCUGCGUGCAUUCCUGAUGACUUAUGCGCACCGUUGGGUUUCCGCAAACACUUCGAGUGGUACUGUGGCACUUGUGUAACUACCUCCAGACGCAGAAGGCGAACUGGAGGCACAAAAGUCAUUAUAGUGGUUGUACAGAAGGCCACUUUAGCUGCAUUUUUUUUUUGUUUUUUCGCUCCGAGAAUGUAAUUGUGCACUUUGUUGCACGGUGAUACUUACAGUGGCACAUUCCUCGGGCUACUACUGAUCGUACGGUUGAACGAGUGGCGUGCGUUGCUUGUCAGUAGCCCCAAGUGAUUGAUCGUGUCUGUUGAAAGUAUAUGUUGUGACGGUUGAACUGCGAAAGGACGUGUCAAAGCUACCCUGUUUCCUGACUUCGGCAGAAAGAGUACACCAACACUGUCAGCCGCUGUUAUAGAAUUAAAUAUUUUCGUCCAUAAAAUAUGUGAGAAAAAGUUCCUAAAUCGUUUAGUAAAGCGGCUGUACAAUUCCCUCGUGUUGAGCAGUACGAAAUACCUUUGUUUUUCAAGAGACGUUAAUAAUGAAUCAAGCAACAUUUUUUACAUAAAAAUAGGUUAAUUGGUAGUUCAAAUAAGUUUUCUUUUUCGUUGAGCUAACUUGGUGUAAUACGAACGGGAAAAUGGUGGGCGCCACACCGGCGUUUCAUAUUAAAUGUGACGCAUUGACAAUGUACGGGCCAAUAGCUGAUUUACGGCUCAUAUUGACAUUCCUUGCAGAAUCUCCAGAAAUAAUUGACAUUUUGUAUUGUGUUACUCAGAUCGCGUUGAAAAGACAGCGCAGUUGUCAUACUUGCCUGUAGAGAAGCACGCGGCAAGUUUGACAUUAUAUGGCAUAACACUCUACGUUAGUGUAAAAAAAAAUCAUUCGUUAUUCUAAGGGCGUGGGUACCACUGAUGCGCUUGAUUCGAUCUUGUGACUUAACUCAUAGAACAACGCAAUAACACGUGCUAACUUUUGUUAAAGCCAUUGCUUUCAAUUUUAAAAAGAACAGUAAUAUUCUUUAACCCACCACCAAAGACCACCAUAACGACGCUGUAUAGGGUGAGGCACGAUUUAAAUAUCAGCACUGCAGCACUGCAUCGAAAAUAGCUUUUUUAUUCAUUCAAUGUGCCAAAUUAGAUGUAUGACAAGAAAGUAGAGUAGUUUUUUUUUUCACAAACCGGCAUGACUUUGUUAGUUAUUCAAAGACCCAAAUAAUGUUCAAUGUCUCCUGCGUUUUCAUUGUAAGUUAGUGGUUGGACAGCGGCGAUAUAAAGUCAUACUGUGACAUAUAUUUAUAAUUACCGCCUUCAGUUACUGACGGAUGAUGGUAACAAAGGCUUAAGUUAUUCUACCAUUUUGUACUUCUGCUUGCAGUCAGGCAUUAUGGUUUAGCUUUUAUUAUUUUUUGGUAUUCGCGUUUUUAUCUGCUACUUAUCCACAAUACUCCACAGUUUGUCGGGAUAGUUAUUUUUAUCUUCUCGUUAUCACCGUUCCUGAGUAAUUUUAAUUAACACGCUGAAUAAUCAAAGGAAUUGUUAAGCGAUUUUCGUAUUCUUACGUUAGGUAGCACAAUAGGUGACUAUGGAAUCGAACAAAAUAGUUGGUAUAUGGGCUGUAAAUAGGUGGUUUCAAGGAAAUGAACGUGAUCUAGCAGUCGCGGUGAAUGAAUGUCACAGCAAAUUCGCACCUUUCAAUGCUGAACUGGACUUGUGUUCACCACCGCUAACGAGACAAGUGAUCUAUAUUUCAGAAACUAAAUGUGAAACAUAAGAAAGAUCGCAUAUUAAAAUAUUUUACAUAUACAGAGUGUCCAACGUAACUUUAGCCAGAGUUUAAAAAUAUGCCGCAACAAGUAAUUAUGACGCGACAAAAUGCAUGUUGCUCACCGUUGCCUGAAGUUAUACACACUAGUUUUUGUGGUCUCUGAUGUUGUUUAAUUAGAUCUGUUUAAUUAACGAACUUUUAAGGAAACGAAGAUGGAUAAAAAAUUUCAAUGAGAAAGUUGUAGAUCGAUUUGCAAAACACCUAAAUAGAUAGUUUUGAACUUCAUAUCUGUUAAUUAUUGGUGUUUUCCGCUAACUAAAAAUGCCCGCGAAAUACAAAAAAUAGCACGUGACAGACCCGCUCACGCGUCAGUGUGCACAAUGAUUCUAGUGCUCCCUAACGUUCCCCGUACGAACGACACGCUUUCCUCACACCGGUUCAUGACAACGAUAAGCAGUCACAGUGGUUAUUGUUUUUGUGGGUGAUAGCAAAGCUUGUUCAUCGUAAAGCCACCACCAUCCUUGCGGGCCUGCCGAGACAGCGCAAUGGGGCACAUGCUAUGGUCGUUCGUACGCGGAAUGUUAGGGAUCAUAAGAAUCGUUGUGCGUACUGGCGCCCGAGUGGGUUUCUCACGUAGUAUUUUUUUUUAUUUCGCGAGCAUUUGUAGUUAGCAGAAAGACACUAAUACCUAGGAGUUAUAAAGUUAAAAAAUGUCUAAUCUGACGUUUUGCAAAGCGAUCUACAAUUUUCACAUUGAAAUUUUCUGUCUA